AUGCAGAGAUGUGGUGGCAUGGGGGCUCAUACUAUGUUAGAGGCUCGCGGUGAGGCUAUUACUUUGGAAGUAUUCAAUAGUAGCUUCCAGGGAAAGUUCUUUCCACCUCAUGUUCGUGCUGCAAGAGAAAGAGAAUUCCUGAGUUUGGUGCAAGGGAACUCAUCUGUUUACGAAUAUGCUAUCCAGUUUGAACGACUUUACCAAUUUUAUUCGCAUCCAACCUCUGAGGAAUGGAGAUGCCAGAGGUUUUCUGGUUGGUUAAGGACAGAUAUAAAGAAAACUUUGAUUCCGUUGAGGAUUACGAAAUUUGCUGAUCUGGUGGAUCAAGCCACCAUUAUUGAGAGCUUCAAUUUAGAGGAUGUUGGUGGGGCAGGGAAAGCUCAGUUUAGCAGACAGGCUAGUAGCUAUGGAGGAAAUAUGGGUGCCACAAAAGGCUCUUAUAGCAGACCAUAUCGCCAGCAGCAGUUUCGGCCUUCUCAAUCUAAGGGAGCUACGUCAUCAGCUCCUAGACCAGUGGGUACCGCCACCUCUGCUUUUCAGCCUAGAGGAGCAUGUGCACCAUAUUUUAGAGCUCCAGCCCCUACGACAUCGGGGCAUCUUGUUAAGGAUUGCCUUACUUCUCGUAGUGGAGCAGCAUCAUUAACUGCUAGUGCUUUACAUGCUGUGAGACCUAGAGUAGUUAGGGCUCUACCAGUGACUAGACCUAAAGCUGAGGCCCGUGUGUUUACUACCUCUGGGACAGAAGCUGCACAAGCUAUGGAUCUUGUUCAAGGGACAGAAGUGGUGGUAGGUACAUCACUCUCCGUGCUUUUUGAUUCCAGAGUCAUGCACUCCUUUAUUGUGGAUACUUGUUUGAAAGAUUUGAAAUUACCUGUUAGUGAUUUGAAAUGUGAUUUAGUGGUGACGACACCCACAUUGAACUCGUUAACGACUUCGAUAGUGUGUAUCGAAUGUCCUAUAAUAGUUGAGGGACAGGAGUAUAGGGUUAAUCUUAUUAGUAUUCCUAUGUCGGGCUUGGAUAUAAUUCUGGGCAUGGAUUGGCUAACUGCCAAUCAUGAACGUCAAUUAAUACCAGUGGUACGAGAUUUUUUUGAAAUAUUUCCUGAUGAUAUUCUUGGGAUACCUCCACCCAGGGAGAUUAAGUUUGGCAUAGACAUAGUACCUGGAGCUGAGCCAGUAUCUAUAGCACCUUACUGGAUGGCGCUGAGAGAAUUGAUGGAGCUAAAAAAUCAGAUUGAGGAUCUGAUGUAG